CAGUACGACAGUUAGCUCCCAAAUCUCGCCUAAGCGACCCCCACUUUCUCUCUCUCCUACGCGUAUAUUCUCGCCGGUCUUCCGUAACGGUCAUAUUGCCGGUCACUUUUUCUCUCUAAAACUAACUAUAAAUCGUUAAACCUAUAAGUCUCGUCUCGUCUACAUUCACUCCCACUCUCUCUCCGAUUUCUCUGUCUAAAUCUAGCUUGACGAGUUCUGAGGUUGUGAAUUUGGGCAAAGGAAUAGGGGGGUUUGUGAUGUGUGAAGAAAUGCAUUAGGAGUUAAUAUAGUGAAGUCUGAUGGUGGCUAAUGUGUAUACAACACCAAACCCUAAGGCCUCGACUUACCGGAACCCGAAGAGACCUCCAUUGUUACCUUCCGAUGCAGAGAAUGGCCCUGGAAGACAUAAAUCUAGAGAAAUCACUUCUCGCUACAUGUCUUCUACUUCUUCCAGUUCGACGUCGUCGUCUUCAGCAACCUCUUCUUCGUAUUUGUCAUCUUCAAAUUCGUCGUAUUCGAGGCGGUGUCCGUCGCCGUUGGUGUCCAGACAAGUUGCGAUGACGCCGAUGCCGAAUUUGAGUAAGAGGUCGCAAUCGGUGGAGCGAAAAAGGCCGGUAACGCCGAGGCCGAAUACGCCUGAGAUGUCGAAUGCGAGGAAGCUGUUGGUGACUUCGACGAGGAGUUUGUCAGUGUCGUUUCAAGGAGACUCGUUUUCACUUCCGGUUAAUAAAGCAAGGCCGACGCCAGUGAAUAGUUUGAGCAAUACUAGGAAAGGUACCCCUGAGAGGACGAAAGCGGAGACGCCGCUGAGGGAUCAGACGGAGAAUUCGAAGCCAAGUGAUCAUCAUCGCUGGCCGGGGAGAUCACGGCAAGUGAAUUUGAAUUCUAUGACUAUGAGUGUAGAUUUUACGGCUGAGAGGGCAAAAUUGGGUGGAUCUGGAAGUGCUAGGGCUCUGCAAAAGUCUGUGAAUGAUGAGAGCAGUAGAGUUUCCAUGGAUGCUAAAUCGAAACUUGAGAGAACCAAUGCUGAGCUUCGAAAGCCGAUUCCGCUUGUUGCGGAAGCAAAUCCAGCUACUGGAUCAGUUGUAAUUUCUGAUCCGGUAGCUUCGGAUAGUGAAAGUGUUUCUUCGGGAAGUAAUUCAGGUGUGCAAGAAUAUGGUAGUGUUGCUCAUGUGAGAGGAAGGCAGCGCGGCAUCGUGGUUCCAGCUAGGUUUUUGCAAGGGACUAAUAAAAAUCUCCGGCGAGGACCAGAGCCUGGUUCCCCAGUGUCCAAUAGCAAUGGAUUGAAAACGGUUGUACCUGCAAAGUUGAUUGGAACGAAAAAGUUAAAUGACAGUCCAAUAUCAUCGCCUCGAGAGGUUUUAAAUAGUAAGGGAUUAUCAUCUCCUGUUCGAGGAGGUGUUAGACCUGCAUCUCCCAGUAAGUUAUUGACUUGUUCUAGGUCUAAUCCGUCAAGGGGGAUUCCCAGUCCGACCCGAACGAGGAAUGGGGUAGCAAACACACCUAGUGAUAACUUGAUCAAUACACCAUCCAUAUUGAGUUUUGCUGCUGAUGUUAGAAGAGGAAAGGUGGGGGAGAACCGCGUUGUUGAUGCACAUGAGUUGAAGCUGUUAUAUAACAGGCAAUUGCAAUGGCGAUUUGUAAAUGCUCGAGCAGAUGCUGCCCUGUCGGAACAAAGAGUGACAACAGAGAAAAGCCUAUAUACUUCAUGGGUGUCUACAUUGAAACUGAGACUUUCUGUCACAUCCAAAAGAAUCAAGUUACAAUUGCUGAGGCAAAAUAUGAAGUUGUACUCCAUCCUCAAGGAACAAAUGCUAUGUUUGGACAAUUGGGAUCUGAUUGACAACGAUCAUUCAAGUUCCUUAUCAGGGGCCAUAGAAGCUUUGGAGGCCAGCACUCUCCGUCUCCCAGUUGUUGGUGGGGCAAGGGCAAAUGUGCAAAAUGUAAAAAGUGCUAUUGGUUCAGCAGUUGAUGUGAUGCAGGCAGUGACAUCUUCCAUGAGCUCCUUGGUCACAAAGGUUGAGCAAGUUAACUCGGUGGUGUCAGAACUUGCUAACAUUAACGCAAAUGAGCGUGCUUUGCUUGAUCAAGGCAAGGACCUUUUGUCAACUUUAACAGCAAUGCAGGUCCAGGAUUGUAGCCUCAGAACACAUCUGUUACAAUUACCUCGUCUGCCGUCAAGCUUGACAACAGAAUUGUGAAGCCGAUGAUAUUUGACUGGUUACUUCAAAUGCUAACUUCCUGUCCAUUUCCUUUUUUUGCUGAGCUCGAUUGAGGCAAUUGUGGCAAGAAAGUAUUAAAAAGCUUUGUUUUCUUUGUGGCUGCGUAAUUGCUGAAGGGUGCGCUCAUUUUGCCGCCUUCAGGAUCCGUGGAAAGCUGCCCUGUGAUGUCCUGCAUAUGCAUAGUUUUUUAUAUUGUAUAUAGUUAUUUCCUUUAUAGGUGAUAAGAAAAUAUAUGUGAAUGUGUGUAGUGAUGUGACCAGUUUUUCCUUCAUUAAACGGUGUCCUUGUCCUAGUUUCAUUCAGUGGAGCCGAGUCUCUCUCUCUCGUAUGUGUGUAUGCGCGCGCGCGGGGCACCCACGUAUAUCAGCACAUACUUUGUUUUACCUCAGUUUUAGUUUACAUAUAUCUACGA